GUGGCGCCCGCCGCCGCCUCAGACCGCGCCGGCCGCGCUCCCGCUCUCCUCUCACACGGCUCCCGCUGCACCGGCGCUGGACAUGGGCUCUGCGGGCACCCGGCCCGCUCUGGCGGCCGCUCUCCUCUGCCUGGCCCGCCUGGCUCUGGGCUCGCCCUGCCCCGCCGUGUGCCAGUGCCCGGCGGCCCCGCCGCAGUGCGCCCCGGGCGUGGGGCUGGUGCCGGACGGCUGCGGCUGCUGCAAGGUCUGCGCCAAGCAACUGAACGAGGACUGCAGCCGAUCGCAGCCCUGCGACCACACCAAGGGGCUGGAGUGCAACUUCGGGGCCAGCCCCGCCGCCCUGAAGGGCAUCUGCAGAGCACAGUCCGAGGGAAGACCGUGUGAAUAUAACUCCAAAAUCUACCAGAACGGCGAGAGCUUCCAGCCGAACUGUAAACACCAGUGUACGUGCAUAGAUGGAGCUGUGGGCUGCAUCCCGCUCUGCCCGCAGGAGCUCUCUCUUCCCAACCUGGGCUGCUCCAGCCCCAGGCUGGUCAAAGUCCCCGGGCAGUGCUGCGAGGAGUGGGUCUGUGACGAAAGGAAGGAUGCACUGGAGGAGCUGGAAGGCUUUUUCAGCGAAAAGUUUGGUCCGGAUGAUUCCGAAGGCGAAUUAACCAGGAACAAUGAGCUAAUUGCCAUUGUGAAGGGAGGCCUGAAAAUGCUACCCGUUUUUGGAUCCGAGCCACAAAGCCGAACUUUUGAGAAUCCCAAAUGCAUCGUGCAAACAACCUCAUGGUCCCAGUGCUCAAAGACGUGUGGAACUGGCAUCUCCACAAGGGUGACAAACGACAAUCCUGACUGCAAGCUCAUCAAAGAGACCAGGAUAUGUGAAGUGAGGCCAUGUGGCCAGCCCAGCUAUGCCUCCCUAAAGAAGGGAAAGAAAUGUACCAAGACAAGGAAGUCCCCCUCCCCGGUGAAGUUUACUUAUGCUGGAUGUUCCAGUGUGAAGAAGUACCGGCCCAAGUACUGUGGCUCCUGCGUGGAUGGCAGGUGCUGCACACCCCAGCAGACCAGGACUGUCAAGGUCAGGUUCCGCUGCGAUGACGGGGAAACCUUCACCAAGAGUGUCAUGAUGAUCCAGUCCUGCCGAUGCAACUACAACUGUCCUCAUGCCAACGAAGCCUAUCCCUACUACAGACUAGUCAACGACAUUCAUAAAUUUAGGGACUAACUUGUGUUGGGGGUGGGAUGCAAAACAGAAUUUUGAAGUACCCAGCCAUGGAGAAAGGACCUUUGAUGGAAGUGGUGCCUUGCCCAUGUGAGGGCAACAUUGAGAUGUUACAGGAGUGCACUGUGCAACUGGACACUAAUGCAACAGAGAUUUAAGCAUACUUAAAGCUUCAUAAUACUGGAGCAACUUUACUGCUUCUUUUUGGAGCACCUUAUCUAAUUAUAUACUGUUUUCUGUUUGUAAGUGAUCAGAUUAAUGUUUUGUUCCGGUUAUGAAAACUUUUCUAUCCUGUUCAAUUUAACACUAUGCUUCUUCCCCUUCCUUCAAUCUUCUCCCACCCUUUCCCAACUAAGUUGGAAGUUACAUUCCUUCCUGAGGUGGGCACCUGUGGGGUGUUCACAGUGGCAGCUAUUAUGUACCAACUGUAGUUUAAUGGCAAACAGAAAUCAGUUGUUUUAAAGCUGAGUAUUUUAUUUAUCAAACUGUAGCUUAUUGUUUGUUUGUUUCCUCUGAGUUUUUUUUACCCCUUCCAGCCCCUGUAAUACUGGAAUAAGUUGUAAAUGAUUUUAAUUUUAUAUUCAAUGAAUUAAAAGAAUUUAUUUAUGGAAUUAAUCAUUUAAUAAAGAAAUAUUUACCUAA